AGCCCUUUUCUCUCUCUCUCUCUCUCUCUCUCUCUCUACUCCAACCUAACCACCGUGAACCGUCGCGACUCGCGACCGUAACUCGAGUACCACCGCCGUCACUUUCACAAUCUCCCUCCCAUGGCGUUCGAAGGAUUCCCACCUCUAAUCGCGGAUCAGCUCCACUACUUACUCAAUCACUCUCCUGAUUCCAUCAAGAUUGAAAAUGUAUGGUCUGGUAACAAGAUUAAUCCCAAGAUCCUCGAUCGGUUUACUUUGGUGAUACCUUAUUGUCUAGACAAUAUUAAAUGGGAUGUUAUUUACAAUUCAGAGUAUUCAAUUGAUGCUCCUGAUUUCGUAUUUGGACCUGAUGAUGAAGAUUUUGUGCCGUGUAGUAGCACUAUUGUUCCUGAUGAUGAUGAUGAUCAGAUAUCGUCGUUGAAGAAGGCUUUGUCUGAGUGGGAUAACAAGGAUUCGAAGCGGUUACAUGUUCUCAUUCAAGGAUUUAGGGAUCAGUAUGUGGCGUAUCAAAGAAGGAGAGUCGGCCAAGUUGAUGAUGAUCGCGUCAAGUUUGAGAUUAGUACCGUGUUAACUCGCAAGGGAAUUGAAAUGCAAAUGGUUUCAGGAAUUGACAAGCCAGAGGAAGUUAAGUUUGCAGUACCUCUUGUGAUGGAUAUGAACAUAAACAAAAUGAUGGUUGUGUGCCCUUGGAAGCAUCAGCAGAAAAUUUAUCUUCAGGUAGUGUACCCGAUUGUUCGGAAAAUUGAAUCAACACCUUCAGCACCUCGUUUGAAAUUAGUGUCUUCUUCUGAAUUAAAAGCGCUAUUCUCUGUUGACGAUGUUAAACUUCCUCCAUGGAUGAAUGAGAUGUGCUUGGCUGAAUAUCUUCCCCAUCUCGAAGAAACCCUUGAGAGACAAAUCCAGGAAGCUGUUUCUGCAAUUGAUUCAAGGAGGAGUUUUAUCGAGGCAUUGACUCUUUUUCUUGGAAGACCUCUUGAAGCUGAUCCUACCUUUUGCCGUCAGGCUACAUUCCUUACUGCCUCUGGACAAUUUACUUUCAUGGUUCAUUUCUUCUUUUCAACUCAAUUUCCGAAGCAGCAACCAACUCUAGUGCUUCAGAGUUGUCAGCAUUUAAACCAAUCGAGCGUACCUGUGAAAUCAAACCUCUUCACCGAGUAUCCAUGGAGUCCAAGAUGGGAAGUGGGUCGAAUGGCUGAGCGAGUGUGUGACUUCUUGACCGAUGAGGCUGUGAACUUCAAAAAGUAUUGUAAUGAAGUUGUGCUCCAACAUUAGAGUAUUUAGACUAUGAGUUUGUCUUAAAUUUCUGUGUCACAUUCCUCCUGCUAUGUUAACUCAAAUGCUGUACAUUUCUAUUUCAAUGAUUCAACUGAAUGACAAAAGUCUUUAAAGUUUUGAAUCUGACUA